AUGGACAUAUUUGAUUCAGCGUUGAAGAAUCCCGAACCUCCCAACAAACACAACGAAUACAGCACCAAUAAUAAUAAUUAUUCCAGUGAAAAUAUCAAUCCUGAUAAUCCUAACAACCCAAAUAUCAAUCCUAACAACAAUACUCUCAAUCCCAACACUUACCAUACUAACCCCAAUAUUAUCAAUACUAACAUAAACCCUAAUAAUCAAAAUUUCAAUACCAACCCUAACAUAAAUAAUCCUAAUAUCGGGCCUAACUCUGAUAUCAACCACAACAUUAACCACAACUACUAUAUGAUGCAAUCACAACUUCCGCGUGCGCUUCCCACAUUGCCUCCACUAACUGGCGGAGCCUAUCCACAGAUGGUGGACCAACUUCCUCUGAUUCAAGACAUAGGUGUGUCCAAAGACGGUACUGGCAACGGUCUGAUCGGUAAGAAGAAACGAAAGAAGAAUUCUCGUAGAAAACACAGAAACUCCCACUUAGGCUGUGGAACUUGCAAAAAGCGUAGAAUCAAGUGUGACGAGACUUUGCCAGCCUGUCUCAACUGCCUCAAGGGAAAACUCCAUUGCGCCUAUUUGAAUCUCGAUUCAACCGGUAGAAAUGCCUUGAGAAUGGCCCAGUAUAACCAGAACUUGCGCCAAGAUAAGCUAGACCAGCCUCUUAAAAAGGACAAAGACUCUCUGCUGGACCAGAAUACUAAUACAAAUUCUCCGUCAGAUAUCCUACUCAAGUCUACCAACAACUCUCCUCCAACUCUCCAAGUUACCACGCACCAGCUUCCGACACAUCCACAACAGCUUCAGCAAGUAUAUUCCACUGGUCCGCUCCAGCAGCUGUACUCCAUUGUUCAACAACUUCCUCCGGGAGCCGCUCCUCCACCUGGAGCUCCACAGACAGCUACUGUAAUACAAUCUCCGUAUGGACCAUUGGUGACAUUACAGCCAAUUCUAGCUAACGGUGGUGUAGUAUAUACAACAGCUCCUCUUGGGGCACAGCCUCAGGCUAUUCCAAUCCAGUUAGUCCAGGCUCCUCCACAACCUCAGCAUCAACCUAUACCGACACAUCUAGUUACUGAACCUGUACCGUCUCAGAUGCCAACUCAAAUGGCUUCUGGGCCUGUCCUGAUUCCCUCUGGAGCUAUGCCUAUGGCCCUGAUUCCCAAUGCCAUGAGUGGUAGAACCUAUGCUGAGGUUCUGCCUCGUGGCAAGGAGGAAAUAGCACUUCCACCUAUUUCUGCUAAGAGUACCAGCUACACUGAUCUCAAGGCAGCCGAGCGAUUGGCUCAGUAUGCGGAUAAGUCGCCUGUUCUAACCAACGACAUGAUCCAGGGCCAUUCGCCCAGUGACCAGCCUACUUCGUCGUUCUCCAAUCUUACUAUCAGUGGUAGGAGAGAUGAGGCUAUCAGACUCCCUUCCAUCAAAUCGUUAACCACUUCCAGUAGCGACAACUCCAACAAUGACGCUACCGAGGAUAAGGUGCCCAGCAUCCUGAAGCUACUCUCGUAG